AUGUCCUCUCAACACGUCCUCAACCAUGACGAUAAUGUCUACCUUGCCGUGACCGUGUCACCGUCUUCGCGAUUCAUGGCGAACCCGGAGCAGCUCGCCGUCCAUCCGUCGCUCACCCACCUCGGAAUGGUAGGGGAGAUCCUCUCUUCUCUCAACGGACUGGACGGCGUGAAGCACGUAGAUGUGCAGGGGCCCCCGCGUAUGAGGGCGAAGCGCGGUGAUGAGCUGUAA